AAGAAUUUGCUUGUCAUUAUUCGGCCCGCAACAAAUAAUAUUUGUUGCAAUUGAAUAAAGUACGCUUAAAAGUAAACUAAGCAGAAGCACACUGUGCCCAGCAUAUCCAUUACAUUAAAUAGAACAAAUAAAAUAAUAAAAAUGCCGUCGCUGGAGGUUAGCGUAAACAAAGUGAUAGUUCACCCGCUGGUGCUGCUGUCGGUCGUGGAUCACUUCAAUCGUAUGGGAAAAAUUGGCAAUCAAAAGCGCGUCGUUGGUGUGCUCUUGGGCUGCUGGCGUUCCAAGGGCGUGCUGGACGUGUCCAACAGCUUUGCAGUGCCAUUCGAUGAGGAUGACAAGGACAAAUCGGUGUGGUUCUUGGAUCACGAUUAUCUGGAGAAUAUGUAUGGCAUGUUCAAGAAGGUGAAUGCACGCGAGCGUGUUGUAGGCUGGUAUCACACUGGACCCAAGCUGCACCAGAAUGAUAUAGCCAUCAAUGAGUUGGUGCGCCGCUACUGUCCCAACUCGGUGCUUGUGAUUAUUGAUGCCAAACCCAAAGAUCUGGGUCUGCCUACUGAAGCGUAUAUAUCUGUGGAGGAAGUGCAUGAUGACGGCUCGCCCACCAGCAAAACAUUCGAGCAUGUGCCCAGCGAAAUUGGCGCCGAGGAAGCGGAAGAAGUUGGCGUGGAGCAUUUGCUGCGUGAUAUUAAGGACACCACAGUGGGCAGUCUGUCACAGAAGAUUACCAAUCAGCUGAUGGGACUCAAGGGGCUCAACGCACAGCUGCGCGACAUUAAACAGUAUCUGCAACGUGUGGGCGAUGGCAACAUGCCCAUCAAUCAUCAGAUUGUCUAUCAGCUGCAGGAUAUAUUCAAUCUGCUGCCCGACAUAACCAGCGAUCAGUUUACAGGCACCAUGUAUGUGAAGACCAAUGAUCAAAUGCUUGUCGUCUAUCUGGCGUCCAUGGUGCGUUCGAUUAUUGCGCUGCAUAAUUUGAUUAACAAUAAGCUGGCGAAUCGCGAUGCGGAGGAGGGCAAGAAGACGGGCGAUGCCGAUAAGGAUGGCAAGGAGAAGAAUAAGGAUAGCAAGGAUAAGGAGAACAAGGACACCAAGGAUGGCAAGGACAAGAAAGAGGAGAAGAGCGACAAGAGCAAGGACGAUGGCGGUAAGGCGAGCAAAAAAUAGGAGCGAAAGAAAAAGCGCAACUCGCGGCGCAAACGCAAAAAGCAAAGCCGCUAAGCGCUAUAAUUCCCAACAACAACACGAAUGAGACUUAUAUAUAGCAGGCAGUUACAACAACAAUCUAUCUAUAACUAUAGCAACAACAACAACUAUAUGGAAUAUCGUGAAGUUUUUACCUUAAUAUAGCAUAACACCGCUUCUACUCCUCAACAAAUUCUUUUGUCUCGCUAAAACGCAAGUUGAUGUAAUUAAAAUUUAAUUUUAAAACCAA